UUAAAACCCGUGGCUUAUGUAACUCAACAUACAAAAACCUAUACUAACCAUGUCUUUCUCCAAACAAAUGAUCUCAUUCUUUAAGUUCAUCCUAGUCCUAGCAUUCUGCCUGUUGCCAAAACAUCAAGCAACUUUUCCUAACUCGACGUAUCUAAUAAGAUCCGUCUGCGAGUCUACACCAUACCCCAACGUUUGCUUGAAGUCGCUAAACAUCAAUAUCGUUAGUCACGAUAGUCACAAUAGCUUCUUUCAACAAUCUCUCAAUGUUGCUAUACUAGAAGGCUUAAAGCUAUUGAAAUUGUUGUCAAAUAUUAAUAUCUUUGAGAAAUACAAGGGAAGUAUCCAAGACUGCAAUGAACUCCACCAAAUAACUCUUGCCUGCUUAAAAAAAACACUCGCGGCAUCUUCUAGCAAUAAGUUUGCAGACGAUGAUGCAAGGAGCUUCCUCGCGGCAGCUGUAACGAACAAGAAUACUUGUUUAGAAGGUCUAGAGUCCGCAUCAGGUCCUCUAAAACCGCUUUUGGUAGACAUUAUAAUCGCUGCUUAUAAGCAUGUUAGCAACUGUCUUUCCCUUGUACCAAGGGUAAAGCUACACACGACCACGACCACGAAAACUGACAACGUUUUUCACAUUGCGGAUGAAGAUGACGAUAACAAUGAUGAUGACAGCUACAACACACUCACCGUGGCAACGGAUGGGACAGGCAACUUUACGACUAUCACUGAUGCCAUUAACUUUGCCCCAAACAAUAGUGUUGACAGAAUUAUUAUCUACAUUAAACAGGGUUUGUAUGAAGAAAAUGUAGAAAUUCCUAUUUACAAAACCAACAUUGUUCUGCUUGGAGAUGGAAGUGAUAUCACUAUAAUAAGUGGUAACAGAAGUGUGGUUGAUGGUUGGACUACUUACAGAUCUGCUACUGUUGCCGUAUCAGGAGAAGGGUUCUUGGCACGCGAUAUUGGUUUCUAUAACGUAGCAGGACCAGAGAAACAUCAGGCAGUGGCCCUUCGUAUCAAUGCAGACUUGGCAGCAGUCUACAGAUGUGUUAUAAGUGGUUAUCAAGACACGUUGUAUGUCCAUUCUUUCAGGCAGUUUUACAGAGAAUGCGACAUUUAUGGAACGAUUGAUUACAUAUUUGGUAAUGCAGCCGUAGUGUUUCAAGGAUGCAACAUCAUAUCGAGAAUGCCCAUGCCUGGCCAGUUCACCGUGAUCUCUGCCCAGUCCAGGGACUCUUUGGACCAACAAACGGGGAUUUCCUUUCAGAAUUGUUCUGUUUUGGCAACAGAUGACCUACGUAAUACAACCCAAGUCAUCAAAAGCUAUCUUGGCAGACCAUGGAGACCAUAUUCUCGAACUGUCUUCAUUGAGUCAUACAUUGAUGACUUAAUUGAGCCUGCAGGGUGGAUUCAUUGGUCAGAUGAGGAUCAUGGUUUGGACACCUUGUAUUAUGGUGAGUUUGGAAAUAUUGGUCCGGGUUCUAGUGUAGAUGGUCGAGUUACUUGGCCUGGUUAUCACGUCAUGGAUUACUAUGAUGCAUCUAAUUUCACAGUAUCAGAAUUCAUUACGGGUCAAGAAUGGCUAGACUCUACAUCCUUUCCAUACGACGAUUGGAUUUAAUGUAAUCUAUAUGCAGUAAUGGCUGGUGUGAUGAAGAUGUAAUUUUAUUUGGAAUAGAAAAAGUUGCAAAGUUACUUA